GUCGCAGCCAACGGCAACGUUGCUCGCCGCGCAGAGAAAGAGAGCCGUAAGGGUGGCACUUGUGCGGCAAUACACACCCAAUGUUUGUGUUUUCGAAUUUUUCGUGAUACCGAGAGAGUGGUUCGUGAUCGUUUGGCAAGGCAUGUAGCGCCGUCGUCGAGCCGCUCGAGAUGUGGACGACCACGAAAACGACCAAAUACGGCGUCGCCGUUUACAAUUGGCGCGGCGACACCCGAUAUGGCCUCCCGUUGGAGAUCGGCGAGACCGUGCAGAUUUUGGAGGAAUGCGCAGGAUGGUACAGGGGCUUUUCGACCAAGAACCGCGCGGUAAAAGGGAUCUUCCCGAGCUCUUACGUCCACCUGAAACCCUGCAAGAUCGAGAACGAAGGUCUGUUCGAGUCGGUGAUACCGUUGGAGGAUCCGGUGGUCCGAGAAGUCACCCUCGUUCUCCGGGAAUGGGGUGGUAUUUGGAAGAGGCUCUACGCGGAGAGAGAGAAUUACAAAUUCACCGCGCUGCGCAAGGUGAUGAGAGAACUGUUGGAAUGGCGGCGACAACUUUUGGCUGGCACCCUCACCACCGAUCAGACGCGAGAACUCAAGCUACGAAUCAUCAACAAGGUGGACUGGGGAAACCGGAAACUGGGUCUGGAUCUUGUACCUCGUCAGGGUGCCCAUAUGGUGGACCCGGAUACCAUGUCCGUCGUGGAACUCUAUCACGUGCACGUGCAAAGUGCAGAGAACUCCCAAGGGGCGUCCGCGAGAGGCACCCUGAGGCGAAAGGAGCACAAGAAGGUCCUCACCCACCAUCUCUACUUCUGCAUGAGGGAUUUCGGGCAUUCGAUCGGAGAAUACACGGAGAUCUACUUCUCCCUGUACGACGCCAAGAAGAAUCAAUACCUGAGCGAGCGUUUUCUAGUUAGGAUCUCGAAGGAGGGUUUCUCCAGCUUCGUCGAGAAGAUCCACAGCAACUGCACGAUCUUCACCGACCUGGGUAACGCGGACCUCAGCAGGGAUCUUUACAUGGUCGCUCACGUGAUGCGAUGCGGGAGGAUGCUCUACUCAGAUUCGGGGAAAAAUAAAACGUGCAACGCCACGUACAGGCGUCCACACGGCGUCGCGGUGCUCUGUCUCGCCGAGGCCACGCAGGAUCACACCGAGGAACUCGAGAUGACGUUCAAGGUGUAUCAAGGAGAAGAGAAAGACUUUCAUCAGCUUCACGAGCAGAUAAUUCGCAACAACAAGUGUUCCCCGCUUCCAGGACAGCCAAAUUAUGGUAUAGUGGUCUCCCUACGUGUUCUUCACGGCGAGCUGUCUCAGGUGAGGGUGGAGAACCCGUUGCUCUUCAAGAACAUAUGUCUGACGAGGAAGCUCGGUUUUUCCGACGUGAUCAUGCCAGGCGACGUGCGCAACGACCUGUACCUGAAACUGGAACGCGGGGAGUUCGAGCGGGGUGGAAAAUCGACUGGUAAAAACAUCGAGGUAACGAUAUUGAUGCUGGAUGCGGACGGGCAACCUCUGGAGGGCUGUUUGUUCGGGGCUGCUGGGAUGGAGGGCAGCUCCGAGUACCAAAGUUUAGUCAUCUAUCAUCACAACAGUCCAGCGUGGGCGGAGACCGUUCGCUUGGCGAUACCUAUCGACAAGUUCUACGGGAGCCAUGUCCGGUUCGAGUUCAGACACUGCUCCACGCGCGAGAAGAACGACAAGAAGCUGUUCUCGUUCGCGUUCGUCCGUCUCAUGGAGCCCGGAGGAGCGACUCUUCAGGAUGGUCCUCACGAGUUGUACAUUUACAAGUGCGAGGAUCGCUCGAAAUUGGACUCCCUGAGUUACCUCUCGUUGCCUAGCAGCGCUAGAGAGCCAAACGUGACAGGUUCGCCAGCGUUCUCCAGGUCACCGAAAGAGGCUGUGUUCGUGCGCACGUUGCUCUGCAGCACCAAGCUGACGCAAAACGUGGACCUGCUGAGCCUUCUUCAGUGGAAGGCUCACCCUGAGCGAAUCUCAGAAGCACUUGGUCGCGUGCUACGCCUGGACGGCGAGGAAUUGGUCAAGUUCCUGCAGGACAUCUUGGACGCCCUGUUCUCCAUGUUCCACACCGAGGACGGGAACUCUACGGCCCACUCUGGCCUGGUGUUCCAGGUGCUGGUCUCCAUCUUCAGCCUCCUGGAGGAUUCAAAGUUCGAGCACUUCAAACCGGUGAUGGACGCCUACAUAUCCGGCCACUUCGCCGCCGCGUUGGUUUACAAGGGUCUGUUGAGCAGCGUGCAACACUGCGCCGACUGGGUGAGCGCCGCGGAGAAGCAGGAGCCGAUCAUCAAGUGUUUCCGCUCCCUCGAGUACAUCUUCAAGUUCAUCAUCCAGAGCCGGCUGCUGUUCGCCAGGGCGACGGCCGGCCAGUACGAGGACAGCUUCAAACGGGACAUCUAUCGCGUGUUCGCUGCGUUCAACAAGAUGCUGGGCAUCCCGUACGAGAUGGUGUUGCACUCUCAGAUCGCUCUGCACCACUCGAUCUCGGCGGUGUUCGAGCAGCUGGUCGCGGUGCUACCGGUGUUGGAGGUGGCCAAGCUGACCUGCACGAUGCUCGACUCGGUGCCCCGGGAACCACCGUUGCAACUCACGCAGGCCAAGCUCACCGCCAUCAAGAACCUCACCACCUCUUCGUUGUUCCGCGAGGACGACGAGAGCAGGAACUUGCUACUGGUCACGAUGUGCAGACACCUCAGAAUCCACCUGAUCAGACGCGAGGAGCUGCGUACCUGCACAGACAUCCUUGGAGAGAUACUCAGCUUCUUGCAUAAGAGAGGACGCGACACGAACAAAGUGAACAACUGCAUCCAUCAUGACGUGGAGACCCUGUGCCUGUCGAUCCUCGACGUCCUCAUACAGACCAUCCUGAUCGUGAUAAACACCAGCGGUACCGUACUAGGCUGCCUGGUGGCCUGCCUGAUAGGGCUUCUUCAGCUUCUGGACGAGUACCACUACGCCAGACUCUGGGAAGAGUUGACCCACGCCGGGGAACGCAAGCCCCUCAAGGAUUUCCUUCUGAGAGUCUUCUUGGUCCUGCGUGAUCUAGUCAGGCAGGAGGUGUUCCCGCCGGAUUGGCUGGUGAUCAGGAUGCAGGCGAACAACGUGAUCCUCGAGUCCCUGAAGGAGCUCGCCCAGCCGUUGGCUUUCCGGUUUCUGCAAGGCAGCUUCGACUCCCAGCUCUGGUCCACGUACUUCAACUUGGCCGUGGCGUACCUCACCCAGCCCUCUCUUCAGCUGGAGCAGUUCUCCGAGGUGAAACGGGAAAAGAUUCUGGAGAAAUAUGGCGACAUGAGGGUACUGAUGGGUUUUCAAAUACUGUCAAUGUGGUCGCCUCUGGGUGAUCGAAAGCUGGAAUUCAUCCCUGGUAUGGUGGGACCGUUUCUCGAGGUCACCCUGGUCCCCGAGAGCGAGCUGAGAAAAGCCACUCUGGACAUCUUCUUCGACAUGAUGGAGUGCGAGCAAAGGGCACGCGGUAGCUUCAGGUCCGUCGAGUCGGAACUGAUCGACAAACUCGACAUCCUGAUCAGCGAGAACAAAGGGGACGACGAGUACAGACAGUUGUUCAACACUAUGGAACACCUCAGCGCCGUAUUGCUGGAUAGAGUCCAGUCGGAGGAUCCAGCCUGGAAGGACAGCGGAACGGCUUUCAUCACGUCGAUAACGCGCCUGCUGGAGCGACUUUUGGAUUACAGAAGCGUGAUUCAGGGUGACGAGAACCGCGACAAGCGUAUGUCGUGCACCGUUAAUUUAUUAAAUUUCUACAAGAAUGAGUUCAAUCGAAAGGAGAUGUACCUGCGGUACAUAUACAAACUUCACGAUCUCCACUUGGCGGCUGAGAAUUACACGGAGGCUGGAUUCACGAUGAAGCUGUACGCGGAUCAGCUCGGUUGGAGCUCCACGAUCCUCCCUCCGGAUCACUCGCAUCCUCAGCAACCGGAGUGGCAGAGGAAGGAGCUACUCUAUCACAAGAUCAUUCAUUAUUUGGACCGUGGGAAGUGCUGGGAGAAAGGCAUACCGUUGUGCAAGGAAUUGGCGGUGCUGUACGAGACCAAAUUGUACGAUUACGCGAAACUCAGUCACGUUCUCAAACUGCAGGCCAAGUUCCUGGACAACAUACUGACCCAGCUUAGACCGGAACCGGAGUACUUUCGCGUCGGUUUCUACGGUCUCAGUUUCCCUCUCUUCGUUAGGAAUAAGCUUUUCAUCUAUCGUGGUCUAGAGUACGAGCGAAUAGGGGCGUUCACCCAACGAUUACAGACUGAAUUUCCAAGCGCACAAAUAUUAAUGAAGAACUCCCCGCCCGACGAGAGUAUUUUAGCGUCCGAGGGUCAAUACAUACAAAUUUGCAACGUGAAACCGAUCCCCGAGGAGAGCAGCCUGGCCUGUCGGGGAGCGGAAGUCCCGGAGCGAAUCGUCGCGUUUUACUUGGUGAACGACGUCCGGAAGUUUAUCUUCGAUCGACCGCUUCACAGGGGCCCGGUCGAUCGCGAGAACGAGUUCAAGUCGUUGUGGAUCGAGAGGACCGCGUUGACCACCGAGGCCAAGCUGCCCGGUAUACUGAGGUGGUUCGAGGUGAUCGAGAAGAGAUCCGAGCUGCUGGCCCCUGUGCAAUACGCCUGCGAGACCAUGCAGAGCGUGGAGAGAGAAUUGAGGAGACUCGUAGCGCAAUACACUGCCGAACCUCAUCGAAACAUUAACCCUUUCAGCAUGAGACUGCAGGGGAUCAUCGACGCGAACGUGAUGGGCGGCAUCACCAAGUACCAGGAAGCCUUUCUCACCCCUGAAUUCGCUAGACAGAAUCCGGACAUGGUACCGCACGUGAACAGGUUGAAAGCAUUGAUUUUGGACCAGAUGAGCGUGUUGGAAGCUGGACUGAAUCUGCACGGGCAGAUCGCGCCGGCAGGGGUGCAGCCGCUGCACAAGAGACUCAACGAAAGGUUCACGCAAUUGAAACAGGGCCUCGGUACGCUGGCCAGGCAACGCACCAUUCACCAGGACAGCAUCGUCAAUUCACCGCUGCCCCCGUUGCCCGUUAGCGAGAAACAGCGACCAGCCACGUUGGAGACCGCGGGCUCUAGAUACUCCCAUGCGGACAGCGACGGUCUUCCGGAAGACGAAGGAUUUUAUACGAAGGUGGACGGUGGACCACCGCCCAUUCCUCAACGCGAAGUACGGCCACGUUCGGUUGGCUACGGUACCACGCCGCCCAGACCCACGCAUCAAAGAUCCCUGAGCAAACCCCUUAGUCCUAAGUUGCCAUUGAGACACUCGUUGCCCACGCCGACGGACGGCAUCGAUCAGCCGGGCUUGAGAACUUCCUGGAGCGAGCCUGGCCCGGAGCAAGCUCCGCCAUUGCCCCCCAGAGGUUGCACGCCCGACAAGAGAGACACGAACACGAACGUGGUCGUUCCACCCGCGCCGCCAAAGCGAUUGGCGUACAAACGUAACACGGAAUGGAGCACCGACGACGACUCCGAGGCGCAGAACGAGCCGAACGAUCUUCGCGACAGCGGCAUAUCGACCGCCAGUCUGUUGGACUUCCAGUCGCAUCUGACCAACUUGAACAACCUCGGUUACGAGGACUUUGAGCCACGGACAAGGUGCAACGAUAUCAUGAACAUCUCACCGCCGUCCGUGAUCAACUCGCUCAACAUUUCCACGGGGAAUUUUAUGAACGUCGCGUUUCAAGGCUCGCACUCUCUGCCCGGCCAAGAGGUUAGUCCACCGCCGAUUCCACCCAAGGCCCACCAAGACACCCCGUCGGCCCCGUCGACCUUGGAAAGAGUCUCCAGCCGCUCGCAAUCGCACGGCCAUACCGAGAACUACUCGGUGCCGAAGCUUCAAACGUUGUCCGUAGCAUCGGACACGGAAAGUACCGUCUAGCAACGAUGAAUCUCCUAGUCCUAUAACGCGAUUAAUUCGUGAUGUGCACGUGCCACGGACGAGCAGAUCCCCGAUCGUAGAAUCGUAUGUAAUUCCGGAGAGUCGUCGAGAGUCUCGACUGGGCUUGCGCAGUAACGUCUCUGACAUUUGCACAUCAUUCGUAUACGUUAUUAUACACGUAAGAGAAUCCUGUAAUAAUCCAAAUGAAAAUGCGUAACUCGACGUGGAUCACCCACCUGUGUGUUGUAACGUACCUUGGUAGAAAAAAACGGUAUAUCGAAACGCCGAGAGACGUUUUCGACCUCAAAGCAACGUUCUCGUGCAUGCAACACGCGACGCAGACGAAAGGCUGCUUUUUAACGAGUCGACAUUGCGUUUUUUACUAAUUCAUCGAGCGUAAUUCCAU